AUGGCUUACCUUCACGUGAAAGAACUGUUGGAAAGCCUUGCCCAGCACGCCGACAAGAGGCGUUUUGUGUAUGCCAUCGCUUCCCCGGAUGAAUCUGGUCAAAGCUGGUGCCCUGGUUGCCGUCGAGUCCAGCCAUUUGUCGAUGAGGCUCGAACCAAACUGCCUGAAAAUGCAAUGUGGUUUGAUGUGCAUACUGGCGACAGGCCAACGUGGAGAUAUCCUCGAAACGAAUUCCGGAUGUGUUCCGAACUUAGCAUUCAGAAAGUACCCACACUUUUGGAAUUUGGAACCGUAAGCUCUCCACUCUUUCCAUCCUCAUUGCUCGUCCUUUUAAAGGAUCACCGACUUACGGAAAACGAGGUUACUCUUUCAAGCAUUUUGGAUAUGUUCAACCAAACCGCGAAUACCUAG